AUGACUACCUCCCGUACAGUCAUUUGUUUGCUGAGAAAUGACCUCCGACUGCACGACAACGAGGUAAGAAUGUGGAUUUGUCACGAGCCCAUGUAGUCGUGUAUUGUACGUUACGUUGCUGAUAAAGCCUGUAAAAUGCUCAAUUGAAUUAUCUUUUCAUGAAUGACUGCACAACGUGACCCAUUUGCUGUAAUAUCGCUGCAAUAAAGAGAAAGUGUCUUUAGGAAUUAUUUUGGACUCUUAUCAUGCUAUUUCUGUUUGCAAGUAAGAUCUGUAGUCAAACAUCCGGGUAUGGGACCUUCACAAUAAAAGCUUCGAUAGGCUCAUGACAAGACUUCAUACAUUUGUCGAAGGAAGCUGUAACAUGAAUUUCACGUCCGAAUAAUUUCAUAGGGUUCAUCUAGUCUAAAAUUUAGUAAGCCUUGAGCUAUGAAAAAGUAUUACAAACUUUGAGUUUGUCAGCUCAACUUUUUGACCUACACACGACUUCUGGUCGCAUUUACCAAAAUAAAGGUCGAAUUUUCACUUUGAAAUUAGAGGAAGAUAAUGCUCUAAAACUUUUCUGUGUCACUCAAAUAUGACACUGGUAAAGUGUAUUCAACACAAGCUGAUUUCUUUUAUUAAUGUUAAAGUGUUUGUAUUUUUUAAGUGUUUUAGAUCCAUUAAAAUCAGAAUAUUUUAUGUGUCCCGGGGAAAUUCAGUCAUUACACUUGCGCUUGAAAAUAUGAAUAUGAAUAGAAGAAUUGUUAAACAAAUGAAGUUAGAUUUAACAAGAAAUUACAACAGUCAGUUCAAAUUACAGACUAUUAGGAAAAAGGCAAUUAAAAACACACUGUGUGUUUCAGAAUUAAGCUAUGUACAAGCAGGGAGAGUAGUGAGUCAAGUAUAACACCAGUUUGUAGUCUUGCACUGUAAGAUAUUGCAGAAGAUUGUACAGUAAAAUAGAGUAUUGUACAGUGUGGCGUAACAAACAAUGUAUUGUCAGUAUCGCGCUCUUAGAUUAUUUAACUUUUAACCAGUUUACAAUCAGAUUGCACAGUUGAAUGUCAUUACAUGUAGUGGUAAGUCACUAUGUGAGAAUCAAUUUCAGAGACAGACAGAGUGUAUGACUCUCAAAGGGAAAUGUAAUAAAGUUUGAUGGCCACAGGCAUGAAUAUCUUCCUGUGACGCUCUGUGGUGCAUUUAGUGGGAAUGAGUCUAGCACUGAAUAUGCACGUCAUUGAGUGGGUGAUGGAUGCCGUCCAAGAGUACUUGGACAGCAUCACAAAAUCAAAUAUGUUUAUGUUUUGGCUGUCAUGAUCAUGUAUUGGAAUGAGUUUUGAUGAUUUUAUGUGACUUAAACUUUGUGUCUUUUGCAGCUUUUCCACUGGGCUCAAAGAAAUGCAGAGUAUGUAGUGCCACUGUACUGCUUUGACCCCAGGCAUUAUGUGGGAACUUACAACUACAACCUACCAAAGACCGGGCCUUUCCGGCUGCGCUUCUUACUGGAGAGCAUCAGAGACCUCAGAAACACUUUGAUGAACAAGGGCAGGUAACAAUGCUGUUGUGUUUCAACUGAUCCUACAGUAUACCACUGGUCUUUAUGUAGAUAUUGCUUUAUUUACACUGGCACUCUCUUCAUCUCUGUAAUAGUACUCUUUCAACACGGUUGAGAAGUGAUUAUGAUCUUCUUUAUUAUGUUCUGCUCGGUUUAGACCUCACUCUAAGCUCUCUAGGACCAGAGUGAUACUGAUAUGUUAAUGUAAUUGACCGGAACUUGUGGUGUAUUUGUGUAUGUGUGUGUGACAGCAAUCUGGUGGUGAGACGGGGUAAGCCAGAAGUGGUGGUUGCUGACCUCAUCAAGCAGCUGGGCUCUGUCAGCACUGUGGCUUUCCAGGAAGAGGUACCUUCACGUAGUCUUGUCUUGUUUUAAUUAUCGCUGAGUACAUUUUUCUUGUAAUUUAAACACAGUGUUGCUGUCAUGCAUUUCUGUUUUAAGGUAACUUCAGAGGAACUGAACGUGGAAAAACGAGUGAAGGAUGUGUGUGCGCAGAUGAAGGUCAAAGUUCACACCUGCUGGGGGUCUACGCUGUACCACAGAGAUGAUCUGCCAUUUCCUCACAUGUCCAGGUUAGAGAAGAUAUGUCCAGCUCUCGACUAAGCAUCCAAACUCUCUCUAAUAUCCUGAUUUCUGUUCUGGCACUCUGAAUGUCUUUUAAAUAUUUCCUCUUUGUUUAUUUGUUAGGCUGCCAGAUGUGUACACACAGUUCAGAAAGGCAGUAGAAACCCAGAGCAGGGUGAGACCUUUGCUCCCCACACCUGAGCAGCUGAAGCCUCUCCCCCAGGGGCUGGAUGAGGGAGCCAUUCCUACAGCUGAGGACCUGCAACAGACAGGUAAAUAAUCCAGAAGACAUGUCAGAAACUGUACCUUAGAUAAUAUUGGGUUCAAGCUUUCAAGAAAUAUUACUGUCCUAAAAUAAACAACACAUGCUCUGAAUCAUAAAUCCCUGCUUACUGUGCAUUUAUCAGCGAUGCUGCCUAACGAAAAUUAUUGUGUGAAGGUUAAAAGGACCCUACAGCUAUUUAGCAUAUUAUAAAACAGUAUUGUUUAUUAUGCAGAGUUCUGCUAAUACACCAACACUCUGUUUUGAAGUUCAGAUUUAUGAAUCUAGUAGAGUUUAACACAGCACAGAUUAUACACAGAGCAAGAACUGACCCUCCAACUUAUUUUCAGAAACAAAAUAAUCAGAGAGGGUUUUCAAAGUUAACGAGGAAACCUGAAGACACUCUGCGUGAGUGUGCAACAAUUUGUGGGGUAGAUUGGUGGAUCAGUUUGAACAUGGACCUCAAAAAUAACAGCAAUGUCUUUGAAACGUUUUAAAACUAUAAAUGGUGUUAGAUUGUGACAGCCGGUCACAAAUUUCUGUGUUAGUUUUUAUCACCUCUGUUUUAAAUAAAUCAAAGUCUGUUAAAUCCAGAUUUAUAUAUCUUGUGCAGAUAUCAGAUCUUUGAGUUUUCUGUUUUGUUCUUGUAACACCAAGAUAAAAUCACACACAUCCUUUCUAUGCUAUGAUUUUUAUGUGAUUAUUCCACGUGCUUAUCAGAUUGGCUUUUCAGUUAAGCGUCUUUACAUGCUGUUUGCAAAUGGGAGGCAUAAAAUGCUCAUUUUAUGCAGCGCCUUUAUUGAGUCAAACCACAUUGCUUGCAUUUUAGAAUUCAAAAGGCGAACUGCUGAGCACAGAUUUCCUCAUUAAGUGCCGCAGAACAGGCACAGCGAUUUCCACCUAUAUGAUUAAGCUUUUAUGGUUGUCUGUGUCUAAAUGUGCACUGGGGAGCAGUUGAUGUGUAUGAAAUGAGUCUGACGCUGAAUUGCUGCUCUUGUUAUUUUCUCAUAGAGCCUGUGAAUGAUCCCCGCUCAGCCUUCCCCUGCAGUGGCGGUGAGAGUCAGGCUCUGGCUAGACUCAAACACUAUUUCUGGGAUACUGUACGUCCAACAUCCACCACUUAUAUGAAGUAGCUGUUAGUAUAAUUGCAAUAAACUCAAUCUCUGAGUGUUAUAAAUUCUGAAUGUGUUUUGUUCUCAAGGAUGCAGUUGCAACUUACAAGGAGACUCGUAAUGGCUUGAUCGGUGUGGAUUACUCCACUAAAUUUGCACCCUGGUGAGUGUUAUUGUACUGUUGAUUUCACUGCCUGCUAGAGUUUAUUGCUCUAUGUAAGUCAUUCCUAUAAAUACAUCACUGACGCUGCUCCACUUGCAAACCUGCAGGCUGGCGAUGGGUUGCAUUUCACCCAGGUAUAUAUAUCAUCAGAUCCAGCAGUAUGAGAGGGAGCGAACAGCCAAUCAGAGCACAUACUGGUGAGUCUGGAGUUAAACAGGACUAGUAAAAGUAAAUGUGUGAUGCACAAAAAAAGGUUGAUGCUUUGAUUGGAAUCAGACUUUAACAUUACAUUUAGAAUGCUCUUGCUGUAGCUUUUUCUGUAUGUCUACAAUGUUUUUAAAGUGGAUUUUUAAUGGUUAAACCAUCAUAUUUGCAGUGUCAUGUAUAUUCUAUUGUAGGAAAUAUAUGUUGACUUUCUGAUUAUCCUCUCUGGUGUCUUUCAGGGUCAUUUUUGAACUUCUAUGGAGAGAUUACUUCAAGCUUGUGGCUGUCAAAUUUGGCAACAGACUGUUUCAAAUCGAAGGUAAAGAAUUUCCAAGACUGCAACUCCAAAACAACUUACAUACUUUACAUAUGAAUGUAAACUCAGGCUGGAUUUUUACUCUAGGGCUUCAAGACAAAUCAGUGCCAUGGAAAACGGACAUGAAGCUUUUCAAUGCAUGGAAAGGUUUGCAUUAUUUAUUCCUUUUUGUCAUUAAAAUUUACUUAAUUUUAUAUCAGGGUUUGUCUUUGAGAGAUGUGUUCAAGGUUCAAGAAAUUCAAAGUUCAGUGGACGACCAGAUAAAAUACAUCAAGACAAAGCAAAAUCGAUGGAAAUCACAACAAGAUGCAAACACAGACAGCAAGUCAGACGUUAAAAUGAACUUUAAAUACAGUUUACUAAAUCAUGAAGCAGGGGAAAUAUGCUGGCUGGAUCAAAUGAAAUCACCAGUCUUCUACUAGGUGAAUCCAUAUUGAAAGUGAGAGUUUUUAGUGACAUAAACUUUGAUAUUUAUUGUUACAGAAGGACGAACUGGAGUACCCUUUGUGGACGCCAACAUGAGAGAACUGGCCAUGACAGGCUUCAUGUCCAACAGGGGGCGGCAGAACGUUGCAAGUUUCCUCACAAAAGACCUGGGCCUGGACUGGAGGAUGGGAGCUGAGUGGUUUGAGUAUCUUCUGGUAAGCAGAAAAGUCCAGGUGUCAGCAUGACUUUCAUACAGUGAAGUGCUACUUUUAAGACAUAAUCAUGCAAGUUACUAUUUCAGUUAUGACAAUAAGAUAUCUUUCUGGCCCCUUUAGUGAUUUUUAUUUUUGUUUAUAGGUGAUUGUUUUGAUCUCAUCAUAGUCUGCUCUCUUUUAAAGAUUGACCACGAUGUCUGCAGCAACUAUGGCAACUGGCUGUACAGUGCUGGCAUAGGAAAUGACCCCAGAGAGAACAGGAAGUUCAACAUGAUUAAGCAAGGCCUUGACUACGACAAUAACGUAUGUCUGAAAAAAUUGUGACAUCUUUUUUCUGCCUUUUUUUCAUUGUUGGCAAAAUUGUAGAGUCAUUCUGUAGUUCUUGAUAGCACUGCUGUCACAAGAUGUUGAUGAAACUUGCACAAGUGUUUGAAGAGCUUUGUCACUGAUUGAGUAAAUCAACGAUUCCCUGUGUUGCUGCUUCAGGGUGACUAUGUGAGACGGUGGGUCCCUGAGCUGCAGAGCAUCAGGGGAGCAGAUGUGCACACACCCUGGACCCUCAGCACUGCCGCACUGUCACGCGCCCAAGUGUCCCUCGGUGAGACAUACCCCACCCCCAUCGUCAUGGCGCCUGAGUGGAGCAGACAUGUUAACAAGAAGCCGGUGGGUGUUUUGAGAAAAAAGAGAAGUUUUUAGUAUGAAUGUGUGCUGCUGGUGUAAUAGCGUUUAUACUAUAACAUUCAAAACUAAAGUGAAGGGAAGCAGGUACUGACAAAAAUUAACUGGUGGUUUCUAAACCUUUUACAACAAGGAAGUUCAGAUUAGUUUAAUUUCACUUCUGGACGAGUCAUGGGUUUUCUGAACUUCCUUCAUGAUCUAACCUGAAAAAAAUAUACAAUCCAUAGGGUCGACUCAUUAAAAAAUUUCUCAGAAACUUUGUUGAUUCCAGACCUAGUAAGUUCUAUUUGCCAAUAGCGUCAACAAAACCUCAUCUUGCAGAAUAAAAAAAAAAUCUUUUUUGGCCGCAUUAAGGAACUAUUAGCAGGUCAGAUUCAUUUUUUGACUGAACCACAAAAUAACCUUUAAAAAAGAAAAGGUACAAUGUAUCUGCUCUACAGAAUCACCCUGCUUAAAGGACUUUAUAAUGCCAUUUAUAUUAAUGUGAUACAGCAUGAUGUGUUACAAAGGGAGCUUUAAUUAUGAGGACAAUCAUUUUAUAUUUAAGUGUAAAAUCAACAGGUGUUUUGUCAGUUAAUCUGUACUAUUGUAGAGUUUGAACCUGUAUUGGAGUAUUUUUUACAUUGAGGCCUCUCGCUGUUUUCUUAAGUUACCUCCAUUAUAAAUAUUAAGUCAGUGAACUACUCCAGUGUUUUAAAAAAUACACCAUUUAAGUGAAACAGCUAGUGCUGCUUUACUGCAUUCUUGUAAAGAACCACUGUAAAUCCAAAUGUUUGUUUCCCCUUUUUCAGAGUGGAGCAGGACCCUCACCAAGAGGAAAGAAAGGCCCAUCCCACACUCCAAAACAACAUCGAGACAGAGGCAUAGAUUUCUACUUUUCCAAGAGCAAAAACCUGUGA